AUGCCAAUGGCGGCCAUCAAACUUGUCUCUGCCUUGCUGUUGAUUGAGAUGGUGGAACCUGGUUCAGAAGGCCACCGAAGCAUAGGGACUGCUCAUGGGGCCAACUACGUUGAAGACACGCCAGCCUUCCGCCGCACCGUGGCCUGGUCCUACGCUGUGACCUAUGGAACCACCUUGGCCGGCUUCAUCCUGAUACGCCUGUGCCUUGGCUGCUGGUAA